CCUUUCACACUACUAACCCUGCGUAUUUGCUCCCGUUGAAAUGUUCAUAAUUGAAAAUUUCCGUAUUGUGAUGUUCAAUUUUUGUAUUGACUCAAUUUGUGGUAAUUUCAUGCUAGGGAAGUUUAUAUAGUCGAUCAAUGUUAUUUAUUCUGUUUUAGUAGACUCAAUAGGUCUCUCAAUGAAAUAAAAUGUCAGUUAGCUGUAGAUUCAUAAUAAGUUCAAGGUUCAAAUUGACUUUGAUUCUCUGAAUUUAUACAAUGUUCAACUGUUAAAAGAAAACAUAUAUAUCCUUCUCAAGGAAAGUAAACAUUUUAUCAAUAGUGUUCUUUUUCCUAGGUGCUACAGAAUAUAUAUGUAAGAAUACUUUGGAGAAGGCAACAUUUUAUGGUUUCUAUGUUCUGUUAAGUUAUUAUUAUGUCUUUUGGACCCCCCGGGGGGGGGGGGGGUCUUAAUCUUCUAAAUUACUAUUGGGUGUCUUCUGUCCUCCCUGACGUUUCUGUUGCCAUCACUUUCUCGAAAUAAAUAAGUGACUCCUUUAUGGACUGCAUUGUUUAGAUAUGGAUGACUACUGUUUGUCAAAGAUUUGAUGACUGUAAAGUUUGACAUUUUAAUUAGAAGGGUUGUGUUUCUCCAAUCAUUUGUUUAUUAUCGUAAUACUCAUUCUAAGUUCAUACUUUUUAUCUGGCUUUAGUUUUAUUUGGGCUACUUCUCUUAUAUAGAAAUUCCUAAAGAAAGAAGAUGUUUCUUUUGGGUAAACGAUAUAUUGGCUUAAGUUAGGUUACUGUUGUUUAGAAGUAGCAUAGUAAUCCUGCAUAAGAAUAAGAACAACUAGUUAUCUUCUCUUUACGAACCAUCAGUAAAGUAGUCUGACUGUCACUGCUUGGAUCUUCAUUUUGAUGACUAUAUGAUCUGUUGGAGAACAAAAUCCAGGUUAGCCCUGGAUAAUUGGUUGAUGACAGGCCUGUUAUUAAUGAAGUGGAUGGUUCAUUUCAUUCACCAGCUUGGCAUGCUGCUCGUUUGGCCAGCCUUAAUACUUCUCACACGAUUACCUGGGAGGAAUAUAAGAGGAAGCAAAAGAGCCCCUGGAUGAUGUUCUCAGGAAGGAGCCAAACCAUAGAUGGCAGUCGGAGAUGGCGCACAUCAACGAUGGACUGUUGGAUUUGCCUCUCUAAGGAAGAUGAGUUGAAAAAGGGAGAGCUGGAAGCAGAUACGGAUAGAAUGAUGAAAGAAUAUAGAGCACAAUUGGAUGCUGAGCGUGCACGAAAACUUGCUCAUGGAAGGAAUCGUUCUAGUAGCAAGACUGGUCAUGAAAAGGAUAGGAAGAACAGAGAGUUAAAGAAGCGGAGCAAAAAAAAGAGAAAGCAUUCCAAGAGGAAAUUGUCUGGGUCUAGCUCCUCAAGUUCAUCCUCUGAUUCAUCCAGCAGCGACGAAGAGGAAAGAGAAUCUAAAAGAUCCAAGUCCAAAUCAAAGAGAUCUAAGAGGGAGAAGAAGCAUAAGUCGAGAACCAAGCACUCUUCCAGUGACAAUGAAGAGGCCGAUGGUCCCGUGCCACUUUCAAGAUUCUUUGAGAAAGUGAAGAAUUAAGGGGUAUUUGUUCUGUAACGUUCAUAGAAAUUCCAGUCUUGAAAUAGCAUAUUUGAUCCUCUUCAUUUUCUUUUGAAUUUGCAUUUACACGUCGUUUCGAGGUUUUCUAAAGUAGGAGCGGUCCAUGUCGUAGAAGAUUGGACCCAUGUGAUGAUGCGAAUUACCAAAUGUGAACAACCAAGUGAUCAAACCUGCAAAUAUUCCAAAGUUAACACUCACACAGCAA